UUUUAACUUGGGUCCGAGUCCGAUAAAUCUAAUUGCUGGCCGAACCUUCUAGGCGUGUCAUCUGCAGGCAAUUGAUUGCCAACUGCUAGCAUUUUGGAACCCCGCCCACAUUUUAGGUUGUACGCGUUGGCUGCCAGUACCUAGAUUAUGUACCUAGGCAUCACCAUAACGUGGGGCAAUUUCAACUCGUACCCCUCCAUCCGAAGCUCAAUGUACAUGUACCUCCCACCUACCGCAUGAAGCUCCUCACGCCGUGCGUAGCUUCUGCACCAGUUACGUUACCGCCUUCGGUUGCCUACUUCUUACCUGAUGUUUUAGAGGAAAGAGCUUCUUAACGAAUGAAUUUCGUUUGUAUUUGAACACCACCGAAAUAUUUAAUUUUUUAUUUAUUCUGAACUUUGUCAACAAAACUUCGUAACUUGAUACAUCACCACUCUUUACUGCUCCGACAUCGACAUUGUUGUACCUCUCUUCGUAUCCAACUUCUCCUCUUCCCUUCAAGAUGGCGUGUCAACAUCUUGAUUCCAUCUCCUUAAGCCCUCCAACACCAGCCCAGUCGGUCUACCGCGAAGAUUGCACACAGUGCUUUGAUUCUAUCGACGAACCCUAUGGUCUAGAUGUCUGCCUGCAAUGUUUCAACGGAGGUUGCCCUGGCGAGAAUGCUCAUUCGCAGCUUCACCAUGUCACGCGUAGUCACCCACUCGCCCUUAAUAUUCGUCGAACCCGAAAGAGAGUCGUUAAAGAUGAACCACCUGCGAAGAUGACCAAGCUAGCUAUAGCAGCCGAGACCGAAGCCGAUCGAUACGACAUUACAACAACCGUCAAAUGCCACGAAUGCUCGACCGAGCUUGACAAGACUAGUCCGAAGCUCGCCCCAAUCGUUGACGGUAUUCUCAAGGCAAAUGCAUUCUCGCGACAAGAGGAGGUCAAAGCCUGGGAGCAAGAAUUGACUGGUUGCGAACACAUUCUUCUGUUACAACAACAGGAGAGUCGUAAACUCCAAAGCGACCUGGGUCACUGUUCCAAGUGUGACCUUAAGGAGAACCUAUGGUUAUGUCUGGAAUGCGGCAAUUUGGGCUGCGGGCGAGCUCAAUUUGGUGGCGUUGGAGGCAAUUCGCACGGACUAGCACACGCAACCGAGACGAAGCACGCAGUCGCUGUCAAGUUAGGAUCCAUUAGUCCAGAGGGCACGGCAGAUGUAUAUUGCUACGAGUGUGAUGACGAGCGCGUCGACAACGAUCUUGCGCCCCACUUGGCACACUGGAGCAUCAUACUCUCUGAUCAGGUCAAGACAGAGAAGAGCUUAACGGAGAUGCAGAUCGAGCAGAAUCUCCGUUGGGAGUUCUCUAUGACUACCGAGGAUGGAAAGGAGCUUAAACCGCUAUACGGGCCUGGCUUGACCGGAUUGAAGAACCUCGGUAACAGUUGUUAUCUUGCAAGCAUACUACAGUGUCUAUUUGACCUGCCUGCCUUCCACACACGUUAUUAUGUCGAUGGUGAUUUGCCAAUCGUCCCCGAUCCCGCCCAGGACUUGGAAACGCAACUUCGCAAGCUAGGAGACGGUCUUUGGUCAGGCCGUUACUCGAAGCCGGAUUCCGAUGUGAUAGCUUCUGAAGAUUCCCCCGAAAUCCCGCACCAGAAAGGUUUGGCUCCCAGCAUGCUCAAGCAUCUUAUUGGCCGAGGGCAUGCCGAAUUUUCUACAAUGCGCCAGCAAGAUGCAUUUGAACUUCUGCAACAUAUCAUUAAGCUGAUCACCAGAUCACAACAUCCCGCUCCUCUAACGGACCCUACACAGCCAUUUAGAUUCGCCCUCGAGCAACGACUGCAAUGUCUCAGUUGCAAAAAGGUGCGCUAUACCAGUACCGAGCAAGACAGCAUUUUUAUAGACGUACCUUUGGAGAAAUUGCCGGCUGUUGACGGCGAAGGUGACCGCUACAAGCCUGUUACAUUUAAGCAAUGUCUUGAUAAUCUCACGGCCCAAGAGGCGGUAGAAUUGACAUGCGCAUCGUGUGGAAGCAAGGACGGUUUCACGAAGCGAUCUCUAUUCAAGACAUUCCCAACGACAUUAAUUGUCAAUGCACGAAAGAUGACGGUCGAAAAUUGGGUGCCUCGUAAAGUCGAUGUCCCCGUCAUUGUGGGGGAUGAGCCAUUUCCACUCGACGAAUAUCUAUCGUCCGGACUCCAACCAUCAGAGGAACCGCUACCAGAAGAAGAGACGUCGGCAGCCCCGGCAUUUGUCCCCAAUGAGGCAGCCCUAGAUGGGCUGAUGGCAAUGGGAUUCCCUCGUAACCGCUGCGAAAGAGCGCUACACGCCACAGGUAACUCGGAUGCCAACACAGCGAUGGAGUGGUUAUUUGGUCAUAUGGAAGAUCCCGACAUUGACAAACCGCUUGUCAUCGCAUCGGCUGCGAUGGGAGGUAAUGCCGCAGUGGAUCCUGAGAAGAUCGAGAUGCUCGGAGCCAUGGGAUUUGGUGCGCCGCAAGCUCGCAAAGCUCUUAAGGAAACUGGUGGAGACGUGGAACGUGCUGUAGAAUGGUUAUUUAGCCAUCCUGAUGAGCAAGGUGAUUUCGGUGAUGACUCCGCGCCGUCAACAGAAGACAAGGAGGCUGCGGCUGCUGGUAGCGCUAACUUGCCUGCCAAAUUCCAACUACAGAGCAUAGUAUGCCACAAGGGUACUAGCAUUCAUACAGGACAUUAUGUGGCAUUCAUUCGUAAGCUACUAGACACUACGGCAUCGAGAUGGAAUUGGGUUCUCUUCAACGACGAGAAAGUAGUUGAAGCAGGUGACGUAGAAGAGAUGAAGAAAACGGCGUACGUCUACUUCUUCAACCGUGUAAAUUGAUAAGAGAUCAAGGAGUUUUGCGGUCAAGCAAGAGGAUAGUGUUCAUGGAAAUAAGGAGAAAACACAUUUGGCUCUAUUUUUCGGAAGUUGAGGGAUGAGGAAUGAAGCAUAAUGAUCUGAGGAAGCAUGGAAUCCCCAAAAGAGCAUAGAUAAUUGAGGGCUACCUGGUGGCUACCUGCAAUAGAUUUGCCGUUGUCGGAAAAUAAAAUGCAUGAUAGGGCGGCGGAUAAGUCACCCUCUACACUGCAAAUGGUUC